UUUCUCUCUCUUGCCUGACUCACAAGUGAGUGAGGACUUACUGGGCAGCAGCUUCAGCAGUACUGGGGACUUCCAAGAUACCUCACCUUAUUAUCUGCCCUGUGGUUUCUGGGGGUGCACUGUAAAGAUGUCGUGGAGACAAGCCGUUCUCCUCACCUCUCUCUCGGCUCUGGUGCUCCUGUGUCUGCUGCAGGAGGGGACCAGCGCUUCUGUGGGCAACAGGCAGGCAGCUGGAGAGGAAGUGCCGGAAGGUAUGAAACAGAAGAUUUUCAUGCAAGAAUCUGAUGCCUCGAAUUUCCUUAAGAGGCGUGGCAAACGGUCUCCGAAGUCCCGAGAUGAAGUUAAUGCGGAAAACAGACAGAGGCUGCGGGAUGACGAGCUGCGGAGGGAGUACUACGAGGAGCAAAGGAAUGAGUUCGAGAACUUCGUGGAGGAACAGAGAGAUGAGCAGGAAGAGAGAACCAGGGAGGCAGUGGAGCAGUGGCGUCAGUGGCAUUACGAUGGCCUGUAUCCUUCCUACCUUUACAACCGCCAAAACAUCUGACCUCAUCCUGAAGCAACUGGGGAACAGAAGCAUGCCACAUGCCUCCCACCUCUCCCCAGAGGGACCCACAAGGUGAAGCCCUCUCGCUACCCUGGCCAACAGCUCCAGGAAACACUGCCUUUGUUCCGAUGCCUGGCUUUCGCUUCUUUCUGAAUGUUUGCUUUGUUGUGCUUUUGAGUGAACAACCAUCUGUGGUUCUUCCCAGCAUCAAAUCUACACCCUGCCCCCUUGCUUAGCCACCGGAAACCGGAAUUAAAAUGCCCAUCUGAUAGGACACUUGAAGGAUCGAAGUGUAAAGAUUUUAAGCUUGCUUAUAACCUAUUAAUAAAGUGCUGAAUCCA